AUGCUCGCCUCAGUCCAGCACACGAUCACGCUCAUCCAGUCUUCCCUCGAUGACCCGAGCAUCGAGUGGAAGAAGCUCGUCCUGGCGCUUCUCUGGCUCGUCUACGCCUUUGAGACUUUCCUCUCGCUCCGUCAAUAUCGCCUCUAUCGCCUCGAGACACCGCCCGCCACACUGGCGAGCCACGUAGACCUCGCCACCUUCAAGAAAUCCCAGGUCUACGGCAGGGACAAGGCUCGCUUCGGCUUCUUUUCUUCGGCCGUCUCCCAGCUGCUCAGCGUCGCUCUCGUUCACUACGACAUCUACGCCUGGAGCUGGACUCUGGCAGGCACCAUCCUCACCUCUCUCGGUCAGAGCGAUGCCGAGAUCCCGCGUUCGAUCGUCUGGAUGGUCAUCAUGUUUGUGCUCCGAGAAGUCCCCGCCAUGCCCCUCACCCUCUAUCGCAACUUUGUCAUCGAGGAGAGGCACGGAUUCAACAAGAUGACCCUCCGCACCUUUGUCACCGACACGCUCAAGGAAUGGUCGCUCGGCUUUGUCAUCGGCGUGCCCCUCAUCUCGGCCCUCCUCUGGAUCAUUCGAUGGGCCGGCUCCUCCUUUGUAUCCUACGUGGUCCUCUUCCUCUUCUCCUUCCAGAUCAUCGCCAUGGUGCUCUAUCCCACCGUCAUCCAGCCUCUCUUCAACAAGCUCACGCCGCUUCCGCAAGGUGCUCUCCGCGAUCGAGUCGUGGCGCUCGCCUCGUCGCUCAAGUUCCCGCUCAAGCACAUCUACGUCAUCGACGGCAGCAAGCGCUCCUCCCACUCCAAUGCCUACUUCUUCGGCGUCAUCCCAGGCGGCAACAAGCACAUCGUCAUCUUUGACACGCUCAUCGAAAAGUCCUCUUCCGACGAGAUCGAGGCUGUUCUGGCGCACGAGCUCGGCCACUACGCCAACAACGACCCGACCAAGCUCCUCGUCCUUUCCCAGGUGCAGAUCUGGUUCACCAUGAGCCUCUUUACGCUCUUCAUCAACAACGUCUCGCUGUAUCGCUCCUUUGGCUUCCAGGUCGGCCCUUCGCUCUUGGAGAAGGCCGCCGGAACGCCCUCAUCCCAGAUCCUCAACUACCUUCCCAUCAUCAUCGGCCUCGAACUCUUCCAGCUCGUCCUAAAUCCCACCGACGCGCUCAUCAAGUUCCUCCUCAACUCCGCCAUCCGUCGCAUGGAGUAUGCCGCCGACCACUUUGCCGCCACCCUUUCGCGCCCCGGGCCCACGCCGUCGGAGCUCUCCGCAGCGGCCGAGUUCAACGCCGAAGAGAGCAACGCAGCGGCCAAGGUCGACCCUAACCAGAAGGAGGAGUACGUCGACCUGCUCGGCAAGGCUCUCAUCAAGCUUCACGUCCACAACCUGUCCACCAUGCACCACGAUCCCCUCUUCUCCGCCUAUCACUACUCGCACCCCACCCUUGCAGAGCGCCUCAACGCUUUGCAAGCCCUUCGUCCCACUCUCAAGAAGCGCGCUUAA